AUGGCGUCCAACCGCAUUCGUUCUCUAAAGAAGCUGUCAGAGACGCAGAAGACGCGUCUAUUGGAAGUGCUGAUCGAGACGGCUCCACAAGAGACAGUGGAUCACGCAUUGGCCGAAGCCACGAAACCCCCCAUCUCGAUCGUUGAUGUGGACCUGGUGGCGCGUGUCUUUGGUGUCUUGGAGUGGACCGAAGUCCUUCAGGCCAGAGUCUGCAACAAAGAAUGGAAAGAAGCUGCCGAGAUCGCAGAAAUCCAGUGGUUUCUUGUUGCAGGUUUGAAGGAGGCACGCCAACUUGUUCGACUAUCAAGCGUGCUGCCAAACAUUUGCGGCAUCGGAUUGGACUGUGCCUUGGUCCUUGCUUGGUCAGUGUACGGUACUUGUGAGUAUUGCGAACAACCGCCCCAAAAGUUCAAAUACGAUUUUCGUGGUGAAGAUGAUUUGGUUGUGAACGCCUUGUCCAAAGUGCCAAAGCUUCAGAAAUUGGUCGUUUACCAGAAGCGAUGUGAUUGGCUUGAUGGAGCCUUGCCUGCUUCCCUCUUUGACUGCCCAAGUUGCAAAUUCUAG